AUGAGCGAGUUCACCCGUCAGGCACAUCCUGACGCCGCUCACCGAGAACGAUUAUCAAGGGAAAUUCCAGGACUGACGCCCCGUCAGGUUCAGGUUUGGUUUCAGAACAGGCGUGCAAAACUCAAAAGGCUUACCAGCAAUGAUCGGGAGCGAAUGCUAAAGUCUAGAGCACUACCUGAUGAUUUUGACACAACUCAGGUGCUCCGGACCCCUUUCGACGGCAAAACGUCAGAAACACCGAUGUUGCUCACGGACGGUCUACAACGAAUGAACGAGGACGACUAUGUGAUCUCCCCCUUAAGCUCGGCAUCCACAACAGGGAACGGCUUCUCAGCCGCGGCCGACAGAAGUAUGGAAACCUACCAAGGGACAGGCCGAGCACCCCCCGGCGCGCCAAUGACGGAGCUGCAGAGGAAUACACGGGGGUCAUUUCCCUUUCCUAGAUCGAGCAGUUUUUCGGAAUCUUCAUUCAAUACCGGGCUGCACUUCCCCGGCCGAUUUUCGAGACCAGGCGAUCCCCUCAACCCUCCCGGCAUGUCCUAUGCGCGGCGCCCCGUGGAUUUUGGUAUGAACCGGCCAGCCAAUGGUAUGAUCGUGGGAUAUGACCAUCAUCGGCCACUGGAGGGCUCGGUAUCACCGACUGGCCCACCCGAGCACUCUGUACCGUAUAAUAUGGACAGUCACAACCAGCAAGCGCAAAAUUAUCAACCUCCGCUUACGAUGCCCGCGCCCAAGGGAUUUGGGGGGAUGGAAAUGAACUCGCAAAUGCAAGCACACGGACGACAUAUGCCUUCACUACAUUCAAUACCCGUUUCGGACUCGUCGGACUAUCGACCGUACUCAUACGAACACCACCCUUACGGCAUGAAUACCGCUAUUCCAUACAGCCAGGCCAAUGCUUCCAGCAUGAGUCUACCGGCUUCAUUCCCACCCGAGCCGAGCAAUGUGGGUCACGGAACCGUCGGUAGCGCAUCUGAAGACCGGAUGGCCAACCCUCCGCAGAUCUUGGAUCCUCUGCGGGCCAAGUUUGGCAAUCAGCCGUUUGAUUAUGCCAAUUACUUAUAA